UUUGGACAAAGUUGUUCUACCUUCUCAAGUUCAGAAGAUCACAAUACCAAAAUGUGAGAAGACUUUAGGAACUAUGAAGUCAGCUUCCUCGGCUGAUGAAGAGCUCUCCUGUAUCAGAGAGUCCAGCUCUGGUCGUAAAGACGUGGAGCUUAAGACAGCUCUGAGGUUGGUUAAGAGGCUAUUCAAAAAUAUCUUCAAGUUCAAGAACCAUGAACUUGUCGAAAAGAGAUUCAUCAACUGUGAAAUGGACGAAGUCUGAGGCGGCAUGAGAGCUAUGCUUGUUGAAAUCUUUGAUGCAAAUGACCUCACUGAUGAUCUUCUCUACUACACCAUUGGAAUUAUUAACCCAAAGUGGAAAGCUAGGCUCGACUGAGGUCCUGAACUUAAAAACCAGAUUGGAAUGUUCCAUAGAUGCUGCUAAACCUUCUCGAUGAAAAGGAUUCGCAAACUCCUAAAAUGCAGAAAUUUCAGAACAUUGUGUGCUCACUUGACUCAGGUGUUGGAAGAUCCUCGAGUAGGCAUUCUCAGGAAGAUUCUUGAGACAAAUCCCAUGAGCGAUCCCCUGGAAUA